AAAUUUCGGACGGAGAAGUAGAAACGUGAUUUGAUAUCAGUCAUUUGAAGAAACCUUGAUCGCGUUAAAUGAGGACAUUGCCAACGAUAAAGACAGGUUUAAAAGUUAAAAACAUAAAACACUAAAGACGAAGCUUCCUCGUGUGGACAAUUGAAAACGAAAGAAGAAGAACUGAAAAGAACUGAUGAUGUUCUACACCAAACUCUGGUAGUAUCGAAUCGGACAGAUAAGAGAAAGUGAAGAAUUCCUAGAGGGAACAUUUACAGGAGUGUACAAAGAAAUAGCUUUAUAAUUAAUUGCUAGGAACAAGUGGCAGGACACAGAUGAAAGAAGCUGGUGAAGAAAAAUAAAAAUACGACUCAGCAUUUUACAUAAUAGGUGGCAGAGAUGGGACAGCUAUUGACUAACUUGCUAAAGCAAUUACUAGGAGACAGUGAAACAGAUAACACAACGCUGAAGUAUCGAGUUAGCAGCCUGCGAAAACAGUUGAUCACAGCGAAGCAACAAAUGGUAGAAUACCAAACGGAAGUGUUUGACUUGCAAAGACAAUUACAACGAAGUAGUGCGGACAAAGCAACAUCAAAGAAGGAGUUAAGAGAGGAACGAGGACGAGUUAUAAACUUAGAAAGACAGUUAAGCACGACAAAGCAACAACUGGUAAGGAGUCAAACACAAUUGAUUGAUCUGCAAAGACAACUGCCAGCGAGAGAGCAGGAAGUAACUGAUCUGCAAAGGCAAUUGAGUAACUUGCAGGAUCAAUUAGAAGAAAACAGCACAAAUACGACACAAGUGGAGGAGCAGUUAAGUGUGGCAUUGCUACGAGAGGCAGACAGAAAAAAUCAACUGACCGAUUUGAAAGAACAAUUACGUGAAAAAAUCAGAGCUAGAACCAUCUUAAAGGAGCAAGUAAGUGAGGAAAGACAUCGAGUUUUUAACUUGCAAAGGCAGUUAAGCACAAUAAAGCACCAACUGGAAGCAAAGCAGAUGCAAUCGACUGAUUUGGAAGGACAAUUACGAGAAAAGGUCGCGGAUAUGGCAAACAUAGAGGAACAAUUACGAAGGGAACAAGAACGAGUUAUUAUCCUGCAAAAACAGUUAAGCACAACGCAGGAACAACUGGUAGAGAAGCAGAAGCAAUUGGCUGAGUUGCAGAGACAACUGACAACGAAGGACCAACAAGUUACUAUUCUGCACAGACAUCUGACAGUGAGACACCAACAAGUCACUGAUUUGCAAAGCCAUGUGACAGCAAAGAACCAGGAAGCCACUGAAUUGCCAGGGAAACUGACAGCAAGAGACCAACAGAUAGCUGAGCUCCAAGGACAACUGGCAGCGAGCAACGAGCAGCUUUCUGAUAGGCAAAGACAAGUGACAGAGAAAGAACGACGAAUUACUGAUUUGCAAGAAGAAGUGAGAGCGAGAGACCAACAAGUUACCGACCUGCAAGGACAACUGGCAACGAGCAAUGAACAAGUUACUAGUCUCCAACCACAACUGGUAGCGAGCAAUGAACAAGUUACUGAUCUGCAAGCACAACUGGCAACGAGCAACGAUCAGGUUUCUGAUCUACAAGGGCAACUGGCAACGAGCAACGAAGAAGUUUCUGAUCUGCAAAGACAACUGGCAGCGAGCAACGAAGAAGUUACUCAUCUACAACGACAACUGACAGGGAAAGAGCAGCAAGUUACUGAUCUGCAAGGACAACUAACAGCGAGCAACGAGCAAGAUACUGGUCUGCAAAGACAAGCUGUAGCAAGCGAUCAGCAAGUUUCUGAUCUGCAAGGACAGAUGACAGGCUCAGCGAGCAACGAUCAAGUUACCGAAUUACCAAGGCAAAUGACAGCUAGAGAAACGCAAGCCACUUAUCUUGAAGGAGAAGUGACAGCGCGUGGCCAACGAGGUACCUAUUUGCAAGGCCUACUGAGAGAAAGGAACGAACAUGUUGCUGAUCUGCCAAGGCGAGUGACAGCAAGAGACCAACAAGUUGCUGAUCUGGGCGAACAUCUGACUGUGAGCAACGAACUGGUUAUCGAUCUGCAAGAACGAUUAGUAGCGAGCAACGAACAAGUUAAUGGUCUGCAAAGGGAACUGACAGCGAGCAACCUUCAAGUCACAUAUCUUGAAGGUGAAGUGAGGGCGAAAGACCAACAAGUUGUUGAUCUGCAAGAACAACUAUCACUGAGUAACGAACAGGUUUCUGAUCUGCAGGGACAACUGGUAGGGACCGACGAACAUGUUACUGAUCUGCAAAGACAGGUGAUUGCGAGGGACCAACUAGUCAGUGAUCUGGAACGACAACUGGCUGCGAAAGACCGACAGGUUUUCAACCUUCAAAGACAGAGAACAGAGAGAUACCAACAAGUUACUGAUCUUCAAGGGCAAGUAGCUGCGAGAGACCAACUGGUAACUUACCUGCAAGAAGAGGUGACUGCGGGAUACCAACAAGUAACUGAUUUGCACGGGCAACUGACUGCGAGAUACCAGGACGUUACUGAUCUACAUGGGCAACUGACUACGAGAUGCCAACAAGUAACUGACUUGCAAAGACAACUGCCAGCGAGAUAUCGACAAGUUAUUGAUCUACAAGGACAAGGGAGAACAAGAGACGAACAAGCUACUGACCUGGAAGGACGACUGACAUCAAGAGACCAACAAGGUACAGAUCUGGAAGAGGAAUUGAUAGCCAAAGAAGAACAAGUUACUAAUCUUCAAGGGCAACUGACAGCAAGAGACCAACAAGUCAGUUAUCUGGAAGAAGAGGUGAGAGCGAGAGACCAACAAAUUACUGAUCUGGAAAGGCAAGUGACAACGAGAAACCAACAAGUUACUAAUCUGCAAGAACAACUGACAGCGAGCGACGAACGAGUUACUGAUUUGCAAGAACGGCUGACGGCUAAAGACCAGGAAGUUACUGAUCUGGAAGGAGAAGUGACCGAGAGGGAUCAACAGGUUACUGACCUGCAAAGAGAACUGGACACGCUCAGAGAUCGUGCAAGAGAACAAGUGGCAGAGAUGGGACAGCUAUUGACUAACUUGCUAAAGCAAUUACUAGGAGACAGUGAAACAGAUAACACAACGCUGAAGUAUCGAGUUAGCAGCCUGCGAAAACAGUUGAUCACAGCGAAGCAACAAAUGGUAGAAUACCAAACGGAAGUGUUUGACUUGCAAAGACAAUUACAACGAAGUAGUGCGGACAAAGCAACAUCAAAGAAGGAGUUAAGAGAGGAACGAGGACGAGUUAUAAACUUAGAAAGACAGUUAAGCACGACAAAGCAACAACUGGUAAGGAGUCAAACACAAUUGAUUGAUCUGCAAAGACAACUGCCAGCGAGAGAGCAGGAAGUAACUGAUCUGCAAAGGCAAUUGAGUAACUUGCAGGAUCAAUUAGAAGAAAACAGCACAAAUACGACACAAGUGGAGGAGCAGUUAAGUGUGGCAUUGCUACGAGAGGCAGACAGAAAAAAUCAACUGACCGAUUUGAAAGAACAAUUACGUGAAAAAAUCAGAGCUAGAACCAUCUUAAAGGAGCAAGUAAGUGAGGAAAGACAUCGAGUUUUUAACUUGCAAAGGCAGUUAAGCACAAUAAAGCACCAACUGGAAGCAAAGCAGAUGCAAUCGACUGAUUUGGAAGGACAAUUACGAGAAAAGGUCGCGGAUAUGGCAAACAUAGAGGAACAAUUACGAAGGGAACAAGAACGAGUUAUUAUCCUGCAAAAACAGUUAAGCACAACGCAGGAACAACUGGUAGAGAAGCAGAAGCAAUUGGCUGAGUUGCAGAGACAACUGACAACGAAGGACCAACAAGUUACUAUUCUGCACAGACAUCUGACAGUGAGACACCAACAAGUCACUGAUUUGCAAAGCCAUGUGACAGCAAAGAACCAGGAAGCCACUGAAUUGCCAGGGAAACUGACAGCAAGAGACCAACAGAUAGCUGAGCUCCAAGGACAACUGGCAGCGAGCAACGAGCAGCUUUCUGAUAGGCAAAGACAAGUGACAGGGAAAGAACGACGAAUUACUGAUUUGCAAGAAGAAGUGAGAGCGAGAGACCAACAAGUUACCGACCUGCAAGGACAACUGGCAACGAGCAAUGAACAAGUUACUAGUCUCCAACCACAACUGGUAGCGAGCAAUGAACAAGUUACUGAUCUGCAAGCACAACUGGCAACGAGCAACGAUCAGGUUUCUGAUCUACAAGGGCAACUGGCAACGAGCAACGAAGAAGUUUCUGAUCUGCAAAGACAACUGGCAGCGAGCAACGAAGAAGUUACUCAUCUACAACGACAACUGACAGGGAAAGAGCAGCAAGUUACUGAUCUGCAAGGACAACUAACAGCGAGCAACGAGCAAGAUACUGGUCUGCAAAGACAAGCUGUAGCAAGCGAUCAGCAAGUUUCUGAUCUGCAAGGACAGAUGACAGGCUCAGCGAGCAACGAUCAAGUUACCGAAUUACCAAGGCAAAUGACAGCUAGAGAAACGCAAGCCACUUAUCUUGAAGGAGAAGUGACAGCGCGUGGCCAACGAGGUACCUAUUUGCAAGGCCUACUGAGAGAAAGGAACGAACAUGUUGCUGAUCUGCCAAGGCGAGUGACAGCGGGAGACCAACAAGUUGCUGAUCUGGGCGAACAUCUGACUGUGAGCAACGAACUGGUUAUCGAUCUGCAAGAACGAUUAGUAGCGAGCAACGAACAAGUUAAUGGUCUGCAAAGGGAACUGACAGCGAGCAACCUUCAAGUCACAUAUCUUGAAGGUGAAGUGAGGUCGAAAGACCAACAAGUUUUUGAUCUGCAAGAACAACUAUCACUGAGUAACGAACAGGUUUCUGAUCUGCAGGGACAACUGGUAGGGACCGACGAACAUGUUACUGAUAUGCAAAGACAGGUGAUUGCGAGGGACCAACUAGUCAGUGAUCUGGAACGACAACUGGCUGCGAAAGACCGACAGGUUUUCAACCUUCAAACACAGAGAACAGAGAGAUACCAACAAGUUACUGAUCUUCAAGGGCAAGUAGCUGCGAGAGACCAACUGGUAACUUACCUGCAAGAAGAGGUGACUGCGGGAUACCAACAAGUAACUGAUUUGCACGGGCAACUGACUGCGAGAUACCAGGACGUUACUGAUCUACAUGGGCAACUGACUACGAGAUGCCAACAAGUAACUGACUUGCAAAGACAACUGCCAGCGAGAUAUCGACAAGUUAUUGAUCUACAAGGACAAGGGAGAACAAGAGACGAACAAGCUACUGACCUGGAAGGACGACUGACAUCAAGAGACCAACAAGGUACAGAUCUGGAAGAGGAAUUGAUAGCCAAAGAAGAACAAGUUACUAAUCUUCAAGGGCAACUGACAGCAAGAGACCAACAAGUCAGUUAUCUGGAAGAAGAGGUGAGAGCGAGAGACCAACAAAUUACUGAUCUGGAAAGGCAAGUGACAACGAGAAACCAACAAGUUACUAAUCUGCAAGAACAACUGACAGCGAGCGACGAACGAGUUACUGAUUUGCAAGAACGGCUGACGGCUAAAGACCAGGAAGUUACUGAUCUGGAAGGAGAAGUGACCGAGAGGGAUCAACAGGUUACUGACCUGCAAAGAGAACUGGACACGCUCAGAGAUCGUGCAAGAGAACAAGACCAGGCUCCCUCCACUGAUAAUAGUCAUGAAAGUCAACGAGACUGGGCAAUAAAUCGGAAUGAAAUAAUUCUUAUGCCAGAUGAGCUGCUUGGGCAAGGUGCAUGGGGGAGAGUUCUUCGAGGGAAAUUCCGUCGUUGCGAUGUGGCUGUGAAAGAAAUCUAUCAGGCCAUUCUGUCCUCUCACAACAGGGCGGCUUUUGAGCGAGAAGUGGGCAUUGCCUCAAGAUGCCGCCAUCCUUGCUUGUUGCAGUUUAUAGGAGCAGCAAACGACCAAGAAGGGCUACUACUAGUAACAGAGCUCAUGGACCGCAGUUUGAGAUCAUUAUAUGAAGAGAGACCACUCACCGAAAGAGAAAUAACUGUUAUUUCGCUGGAUGUAGCCCAAGCACUAAACUACCUACACCAGAACAAACCCGAACCCAUUAUCCACCGUGAUAUCAGCAGUGCCAAUGUGUUGCUUUGGCGACAAGGUGACGAGUGGAGAGGCAAAGUGUCGGAUUAUGGUACUGCCAAUUUCGUCCGUCAGUGUAGGAUAGAUGAUCCUGGAGCUGCGAUUUACUGCGCACCUGAGGCCCUCAGUGGAGCACAGAAUCUAAUCAUCAGCUGUAAGGUCGAUGUCUACAGUUUUGGCGUUCUUCUCUGUGAGAUGUGUGUCCGGGAAUUGCCAGAUCCCCAACAGCGAGAGACACAGAUAUCCCGUAUGCAGUGGCGCCAGUUUCAAGAGAUCGUAGAACGCUGUGUGCAGAUAGAGCCUGGGGGGAGACCAAAUAUGGAAGAGAUUAUUGAUGCCCUGGACGAAUUGGCGCUACAACGAGAUGCAGACAGACUGAACCAACUGACUGAUUUGAAAGAACAAUCACGCGAACGAAAAAGAGCCAGAGCAACCUUAAAGGAACAGGUACGAGAGGAAAAACAUCGUGUUAUUGGCCUGCAAAGACAGUUAAGCACAACAAAGCAAGAACUGGUAACGACACAGACGCAAUUGUCCAACUUGCAAGGGCAGUUACAAAGAAAGGAGGCAGAUAUGGCAAACAUAGAGGAACAAUUACGACGAGAACAAAAACGAGAUAUUUACCUGCAAAGUCAAUUAAGCACAACACAGGAACAACUGGUGGAAAAAGAGAAGCAAUUAGCUGAGUUGCAAAGGCAACUAACAGUGAUGAACCAACAAGUCACUUACCUGGAAAGACAUCUGACAGUGACACACCAACAAGCUACUGAUCUGCAUGGACAACUGGUAGCGAGCAACCAACAAGUUACUUAUCUGCAAGAUAAAGUUACAGAGAGAGACCAACAAGUUAGUGAUCUGCAAGAGCAACUGAGGCAAACGGACCAACAAGUUACCGAUCUACAAAUACAACUCACAGCAAGCAAUGAACAAGUUACUGAUCUGCAAGAACAAGUAACAGCAGGGGACCGGGAAGGUAUUGAUUCGCAAAGGCAAGAGACCGCGAGCCAAGAGCAUGUUACUGAUCUGCAAGGACAACUGGCAGCGAGCAACCAACGCGUUACUUAUCCGGAAGGACAACCUACAGCGAGCAAAGAACAAGUUACUGAAGUAGAUGGACAGCUCGUAAGGAGGAACAAGCAAGUUAAUGAUCUGGAAGGACAACUGGCAGCGAGCAACGAACACGUUACUGAUCAGGAAGGAAAACCUAUAGCGAGCAACGGACAAGUUACUGAUCUGCAAAAAAAAGUGGUGGCAAGCGACCAAGAACAAGACACAGACCAACAGAUUAAAGAUGUUCAAGGACAAGUGGCAGUGAGUACCGAGCAAGUUUCUGAUCUACAGAGGCAAUUGACAACCAGCCACCAACUAGUGACGGAUCUGCAAGGACAACUGACUGUGAGCAACGAACAGGUUACUGAUCUGCAAGGACAACUGACUGUUAGCAACGAGCAGGUUACUGAUCUGCAAGAACAAUUGUUAGCGCGCAGCGAACAAGUUAAUGGCCUGAAGGGAGAAAUGAAAAUCCCAGACGAAUGGGGAUUGUACUUUUUGCCGACCAUCCCAGAUUUUGCCGAUACAUCGGAUAUUCGCCAGAGACGAUUUCGCAUUUUUACGCAAAAGGUGACAGAGAUGGGACAUCUUUUGACUAACCCGCUAAGACAGUUACUAGGAGACAGCGAAACAGAUAACACGACUCUGAAGUAUCGAGUUAGUAGCCUGCGAAAACAGUUAAUCACUGCGAAGAAAAAAAUGGUAGAAUACCAAACGGAAGUGUUUGACUUGCAGCGACAACUAGAACGAAGCAGCACAGAUAAGGAAACUUCAAAGAAGCAGUUAACAGAGGAACGAGGACGAGUGAUCGACUUAGAAAGACAGUUAAGCACGACAAAGCAACAACUGGUAAGGAGUCAAACGGAAUUAAUCGAUCUGCAAAGACAACUACCAGUAAGAGAGCAAGAAGUCACUGAUCUGCAAAGGCAAUUGAGUAAUUUGCAAGAACAGUUGGAAGAAAACAGCACAAAUAUGACACAGGUGGAGGAGCAAUUUAGAUUGGCGCUUCAACGAGAUGCAGACAGACUGAACCAACUGACUGAUUUGAAAGAACAAUUACGCGAACGGAACAGAGCCAGAGCAACCUUAAAGGAACAGGUACGAGAGGAAAAACAUCGAGUUAUUAGCCUGCAAAGACAGUUAAGCACAACAAAGCAAGAACUGGUAACGACACAGACGCAAUUGUCCAACUUGCAAGGGCAGUUACAAAGAAAGGAGGCAGAUAUGGCAAACAUAGAGGAACAAUUACGACGAGAACAAGAACGAGAUAUUUACCUACAAAGUCAAUUAAGCGCAAGACAGGAACAACUGGUGGAAAAAGAGAGGCAAUUAGCUGAGUUGCAAAGACAACUAACAGUGAUGAACCAGCAAGUCACUUACCUGGAAAGACAUCUGACAGUGACAUACCAACAGGCUGCUGAUCUGCAUGGACAACUGGUAGCGAGAAACAAGCAAGUCAUUGAUCUUCAACGACAUGCAACAGCGAGAGACGAACAAGUUUCUGCCCUGCAAGGACACCUGGCAUCAAGCAACCAACAAGUUAUUGAUCUGCAAGGUCAAGUUACACAGAGAGACCAACAAAUUAGUGAUCUGCAAGAGCAAGUGAGGCAAACGGACGAACAAGUUACCGAUCUACAAAUACGACUCACAGCGAGCAAUGAACAAGCUACUCAUCUGCAAGAACAAGUAACAGCAGAGGACCGGGAAGCUACUGAUUUGCAAAGGCAAGAGACCGCGAGACAAGAGCAUGUUACUGAUCUGGAAGGACAACUGGCAGCGAGCAACGAACACGUUACUGAUCCGGAAGGAAAACCUAUAGCGAGCAACGGACAAGUUACUGAUCUGCAAAAAAAAGUGGUGGCAAGCGACCAAGAACAGGACACAGACCAACAGAUUAAAGAUGUUCAAGGACAAGUGGCAAGGGCCUAUCUGGGGCAAACUCCUCGCCAGAGUCCGCGCCGCUACGGGAAAGCGGUGACCUCACGCUCUAACGCCCUAACACGAUUUCGCAUUUUUACGCAAAAGGUGACAGAGAUGGGACAUCUUUUGACUAACCCGCUAAGACAGUUACUAGGAGACAGCGAAACAGAUAACACGACUCUGAAGUAUCGAGUUAGUAGCCUGCGAAAACAGUUAAUCACUGCGAAGAAAAAAAUGGUAGAAUACCAAACGGAAGUGUUUGACUUGCAGCGACAACUAGAACGAAGCAGCACAGAUAAGGAAACUUCAAAGAAGCAGUUAACAGAGGAACGAGGACGAGUGAUCGACUUAGAAAGACAGUUAAGCACGACAAAGCAACAACUGGUAAGGAGUCAAACGGAAUUAAUCGAUCUGCAAAGACAACUACCAGUCAGAGAGCAAGAAAUCGCUGAUCUGCACAGACAGUUGAGUAAUUUGCAAGAACAGUUGGAAGAAAAGAGCACAAAUAUGAUACAGGUGGAGGAGCAAUUUAGAUUGGCGCUACAACGAGAUGCAGACAGACUGAACCAACUGACUGAUUUGAAAGAACAAUCACGCGAACGAAAAAGAGCCAGAGCAACCUUAAAGGAACAGGUACGAGAGGAAAAACAUCGUGUUAUUGGCCUGCAAAGACAGUUAAGCACAACAAAGCAAGAACUGGUAACGACACAGACGCAAUUGUCCAACUUGCAAGGGCAGUUACAAAGAAAGGAGGCAGAUAUGGCAAACAUAGAGGAACAAUUACGACGAGAACAAGAACGAGAUAUUUACCUACAAAGUCAAUUAAGCGCAAGACAGGAACAACUGGUGGAAAAAGAGAGGCAAUUAGCUGAGUUGCAAAGACAACUAACAGUGAUGAACCAGCAAGUCACUUACCUGGAAAGACAUCUGACAGUGACAUACCAACAGGCUGCUGAUCUGCAUGGACAACUGGUAGCGAGAAACAAGCAAGUCAUUGAUCUUCAACGACAUGCAACAGCGAGAGACGAACAAGUUUCUGCCCUGCAAGGACACCUGGCAUCAAGCAACCAACAAGUUAUUGAUCUGCAAGGUCAAGUUACACAGAGAGACCAACAAAUUAGUGAUCUGCAAGAGCAAGUGAGGCAAACGGACGAACAAGUUACCGAUCUACAAAUACGACUCACAGCGAGCAAUGAACAAGCUACUCAUCUGCAAGAACAAGUAACAGCAGAGGACCGGGAAGCUACUGAUUUGCAAAGGCAAGAGACCGCGAGACAAGAGCAUGUUACUGAUCUGGAAGGACAACUGGCAGCGAGCAACGAACACGUUACUGAUCCGGAAGGAAAACCUAUAGCGAGCAACGGACAAGUUACUGAUCUGCAAAAAAAAGUGGUCGCAAGCGACCAAGAACAGGACACAGACCAACAGAUUAAAAAUGUUCAAGGACAAGUGGCAGUGAGUAGCGAGCAAGUUCCUGAUCUGCAGAGGCAAUUGACAACCAGCCGCCAACUGGUUACGGAUCUGCAAGGACAACUGACUGUGAGCAACAAACAGGUUACUGAUCUGCAAGAACAAUUGUUAGCGCGCAGCGAACAAGUUAAUGACCUGAAGGGAGAAAUGAUAGCAAGAGACCAACAAGAUGCUGAUCUCCAAAAACAACUAACUGAAAGCAACGAACAAGUUUCUGAUCUACAAGGACAAUUGGCAGCCAACGAAGAACUAGUUAAUUCUCUUCAAAGACAAGUAUUAACGAGUGACCAACAGGUUACCGAUUUGCAAGGACAACUGAUAGCGAGAGAACAAAAAGUGUUCGAUCUACAAAGACAAAGGACAGCGCAAUACCAGCAGGUUACUGAUCUUCAAGGGCAACUAGCAGCGAGAGACCAACUGAUAACUUUUCUGCAAGAAGAGGUUAUCUCGGGACAUGAACAAGCAACUGAUCUGCACGGGCAACUGACUGCGAGAUACCAAGACGUUACCGAUCUACAUGGGCAACUGACCGCGAGAUGCCAGCAAGUAACUGACUUGCAAAGACAACUGCCAGCGAGAUAUCAGCAAGUUGUUCUUCUACAUGUACAAGGGCAAGGGAGAGACAGAGACGAACAGGCUACUAAUGAUUUGCAAACACAACUUGAAGUGAGAGACCAACGGGUUACCGAUCUGGAAGAAGAGGUAACAACAAGAGACCAACAGGUUAUUGAUCUGCAAAGACAAGUUCGAGUGAGAGACCAACAAGGAGCUGAUCUGGAAGAAGGCGUGAUGGCGAGAGACCAGCAAGUAAAUGAUCUGCAAAGACAACUGACAGUGACAAACCAACAGCUAACUGAUCUAGAAGAACAAGUCACAGCUAGAGGCCAACAAGUAACUAAUCUAGAAGCAGACGUGACAGCGAAGGACCAACACGUUUCUGAUCUGCAAAGACAGGUGACAGCAAAGGACCAACUAGUUACUGUUCUGCAAAGACAAAUUAGAGCGAAAGACCAACAGGUGACUGAUCUCGAAGAAGACGUAAUGGCGAGAGACCAACGAGUAGAUGAUCUGCAAAGGCAAAUAACAGCAAAAGACCAACAAGUAAACAAUCUAGAACAAGAAGUGGCAGCAAGAGUCCAGCAAGUUUCUGAUCUGCAAAGACAACAGACAGCAAGAGGCCAACAACUUGUUGAGCUGCAAAGAGAAGUGACAGCGAGAGACCAACACAUUGCUGAUCUGCAAGGACAAGUGAAAGAUUCUGAUCUGGAAGGGAACAGGAAAAAGAAAGAUCGACAAGAUUCUGAUCUGGAAGAGAACAAAAAAGCGAAAGACGAACAAAAUUCUGGUCUUGAGGAGAACACGAAAGCGAAAGAUCAACAAGAUUCUGAUCUAGAAGAGAAAAAGAAAGCGAAAGACCAACAAGAUUCUGAUCAGAAAGAGGACAAGAAAGCGAGAGACCAACAAGAUUCUGAUCAGGAAGAGGACAAGAAAGGGAAAGACCAACAAGAUUCUGAUCUGGAAGAGAACAAGAAAGGGAAAGAUCAACAAGAUUCUGAUCUGGAAGAGGAAAAGAAAGCGAGAGACCAACAAGAUUCUGAUGUAGAAGAGGACAAGAAAGGGAAAGACCAACAAGAUUCUGAUCAGGAAGAGGUCAAGAAAGCGAAAGACCAACAAGAUUUUGAUGUGGAAGAGGACACGAAAGGGAAAGACCACCAAGAUUCUGAUCAGGAAGAGAACAAGAAAGCGAAAGACCAACAAGAUUCUGAUCUGGAAGAGAACAAGAAAGCGAAAGAUCAACAAGAUUCUGAUGUGGAAGAGAACAAGAAAGGGAAAGACCACCAAGAUUCUGAUCAGGAAGAGGACAAGAAAGCGAAAGACCAACAAGAUUCUGAUCUGGAAGAGAACAAAAAAGCGGAAGACCAACAAGAUUCUCAUGUGGAAGAGAACAAGAAAGCGAAAGAUCAACAAGAUUCUGAUCUGGAAGAGGACAAGAAAGGGAAAGACCAACAAGAUUCUGAUCAGGAAGAGGACAAGAAAGCGAAAGAUCAACAAGAUUCUGAUGUGGAAGAGGACAAGAAAGGGAAAGACCAACAAGAUUAUGAUCAGGAAGACGACAAGAAAGCGAAAGACCAAAGAGAUUCUGAUCAGAAAGUGGUCAAGAAAGCGAAAUACCAACAAAAUUCUGAUGUGGAGGAGGACAAAAAAGCAAAAGACCAACAAGAUUCUGAGGUUGAAGAGGACAAGAAAGGGAAAGACCAACAAAAUUCUGAGGUGGAAGAGAACAAGAAAGCGAAAGAUCAACAAGAUUCUGAUGUGGAAGAGGACAAAAAAACGAAAGACCAACAAGAUUCUGAUGUGGAAGAGGACAAGAAAGCGAAACACCAACAAGAUUCUGAUCUGAAAGAGAACAAGAAACGGAAAAAUCAACAAGAUUCUGAUGUGGAAGAGGACAAAAAAGCGAAAGACCAACAAGAUUCUGAUCAGGAAGAGGACCAGAAAGCAAUAGACCAACAAGAUUCUGAUGUGGAAGAGGACAUAAAAGGGAAAGGCCAACAAGAUUUUGAUCAGGAAGAGGAUAAGAAAGUGAAAGACCCGCAAGUUACUGAUCAUAAAUAGGACGUGACAGGAAGAGACUAGCAAGUACGUGAUCUGGAAGAGGUCUGGAGGAUUAUGAAAUGUGCUAGAGAAAGAGCGAGAGGAG